UCGAGCGAAGAAGGAGGUUGCAAAAGUUGUCGUCUCGCCGGUGACGCUGCGCCAAUUCCGGGUUCUUUGGAGCAAGCGGAUGCGGCUCCCGGGACCGUGAGAGACCCCCGCCAGGCCCGGGAGUCUCCGUCGGAGGGCGAGCAGCGGAGCCAACAGCAUGCGGCGGGCGCAGCGAUGGCAGGCGCCGGUAAGAGCGCGGUGAGGACGCUGGAGGACUUAACGCUGGACUCCGGGUAUGGUGGAGCCGCGGACUCGGUCAGGUCGUCCAGCGUGUCGCUGUGCUGCUCCGACCCGCCUCAGACGUCCUCCUUCCCGCACGGGGCCAACCGCUGGCAUCUGACGGAAUCCAUGCACAGCCGCCAGAACAGUCUGGAAACGGUCAACACCGUCCUGGCCGAGGACACGGAGGGCCCGGAGUGCGCCAAGCUGCCCGAGCCGGAGGAGGUGCCGUGGAGCCUGGCCGAGGUGGAGGACGCGCUGCGGCGGGACGAGGAGCUGAUGGCCGCCGGGGAGCCUCCGUCUCCGGAGGUCCUGGCGCGGCUCUCCGUGCUCGUCAGCCGCGCGCUCGUCCGCCUGGCCCGCGAGGCGCAGCGGCUCAGCCUCCGCUACGCCAAGUGCACCAAGCUGGAGGUCCAGAGCGCCGUGAAGAUGGUCCUCUCCUGGACCGUCUCCGUCAACUGCAUCGCGGCCGCCCUGAGCGCGCUCUCCCUCUACAGCAUGACCACCGCCGACAAGUUCAGCCGCGGAAAGUCGGCGCGCUGCGGGCUGGUCUUCUCCGUGGGCAAGUUCUUCCGCUGGAUGGUGGACGGCCGCGUGGCGCUCAGGGUCCACGAACACGCCGCCAUCUACCUGACGGCGUGCGUGGAGAGCCUCUUCAGGGAGCUGGCGGGCCGCGUCCUGCGCAGCGCGCUGCUGCAGCGGAGGGACAACGGCGUGCCCAACUUGAGCCUGGAGGCGCUGGAGCAAGCCGUCGGCGGGGACUCGGAGAUUUGGGGGGUGCUGCAACCCUACCAGCACCUCAUCUGUGCCAAGAACUCCAGCGGUGUGCUCAGUCUGCCAGACAGUCUCAACCUGCACCGCGACCAGCAGCGCUCGGGCCGAGGCGGCGGCAGCGGCGGCGAAGAUCACGCCUACACGCAGGCCGAACUACGCACCGUGGAGCAGUCGCUGCUCGCCACCAGGGUGGGCAGCAUCGCCGAGCUGAGUGACUUGGUGUCGCGGGCCAUGCACCACCUGCAGCCGCUGCACAUCAAGAACCCCAGCAACGGCACCCCGGUUCACCAGAAGAGCAACGCCGCCAUCCACUGGGAGCCCGAGGCCCUCUACACUUUGUGUUACUUCAUGCACUGUCCACAGAUGGAGUGGGAGAACCCCAACGUGGAACCCUCCAAGGUCAACCUGCACACCGAGAGACCGUUCCUGGUCCUGCCGCCACUGAUGGAGUGGAUCCGAGUGGCGCUGGCUCACACGGAGCACCGCCGCAGCUUGUCGGUGGACAGCGACGACGUGAGGCAGGCGGCGCGGCUGCUGCUGCCGGGCGUGGACUGUGAGCCUCGGCAGAUCAAAGCUGAGGAUUGUUUCUGCGGGGCGAGGAAGAUGGACGCCGCCUCCACCGAGGCCAAGUUCUUGCAGGACUUGGGCUUCAGGAUGCUGAACUGUGGCCGCACAGACCUGGUCAAGCAGGCCGUCAAGCUGCUGGGGCCUGAUGGCAUCAACAGCAUGAGCGAGCAGGGAAUGACGCCUCUCAUGUACGCCUGCGUGCGCGGCGACGAGGCCAUGGUCCAGAUGCUGCUGGACGCCGGCGCCGACAUCAACAGCGAGGUGCCCAGCACAGUAAACAAGCACCCCUCCGUUUACCCCGACGCACGCCACGGGACGCCCCUCACUUUCGCCGUCUUGCACGGACACGUCCCUGUCGUGCAGUUGUUGCUGGACAACAGCGCCAACGUGGAGGGCUCGCUGCAGGACGGGGCGGAGAACUACACGGAGACGCCGCUCCAGCUGGCGUCGGCCGCAGGUAACUUUGAGCUGGUGAGUCUGCUGCUGGACAGGGGGGCGGAUCCCAUGAUCGGGACCACGUGUCGAAACGGCAUCUCCUCGGCGCCGCUGGGAGACAUGAACUCGUACAGCCUGGCGGCGGCGCACGGACACAGGAACGUAUUCCGCAAGCUCCUGUCCCAGUCCGAGAAGGAGAAGGGCGACGUUCUGUCGCUGGAGGAGAUCCUGGCUGAGGGUUCCACGCCCAGGGAGAAGAGCAUGGCACCGCAGGCCAACGGCGGCGGGACGCUACGAACAGGAAAGGCCAAGCUGCGGGCCCUGAGAGAGGCCAUGUACCAUAGUGCCGAGCACGGCCAUGUGGACAUCACCAUAGACAUCCGCAGCUUAGGUGUUCCCUGGACGCUGCACACCUGGCUGGAGUCCCUGAAGAGCAGCUUCACUCAGCACCGCCGCCCGCUGAUCCAGGGUCUGCUCAAGGACUUCAGCUGCAUCCAGGAGGACGAGUACACGGAGGAGCUGGUCACGCUCGGCCUGCCGCUCAUGUUCCAGAUCCUCCGCUCCUGCAAGAAGGAGGUGAUCAGCCAGCAGCUGUCAGUCAUCUUCACACAGUGCUACGGGCCCUUCCCCAUCCCCAAGCUGACGGAGAUGAAGAGGAAGCAGAGCUCUCGCUUAGACCCGCACUUCCUCAACAACAAGGAGAUGUCGGACGUCACCUUCCUGGUGGAGGGAAAACCCUUUUAUGCACACAAAGUGCUGCUUUUUACAGCCUCGCCCAGGUUCAAGUCGCUGCUGCAGAACCGACCGGCGGCGGAGAACACCUGCAUCGAGAUCAGCCAUGUCAAGUAUAAUAUAUUCCACUUGGUCAUGCAGUAUCUGUACUGUGGCGGCACCGAGUCCUUGCACAUACGCAACACAGAAGUCAUGGAGCUGCUGUCCGCCUCCAAAUUCUUCCAACUGGAGGCCCUCCAGCGACACUGUGAGAUCAUCUGCUCCAAGAACAUCACCACGGAAACCUGCGUGGACCUCUACAAGCACGCCAAGUUCCUCGGCGCCACGGAGCUGACGUCCUUCAUCGAGGGCUACUUCCUGAAGAACAUGGUGCUGCUGAUGGAGCUGGACGGCUUCAAGCAGCUGCUCGCCGAGCCGCCGCUCGCCGAGCCGCCGCCCGCCGAGAGCCCGGAUUUCCUCCGGGACCUGGAGAAGACUCUGGCCACGCGCGUCCACUCCAUCCACCGCUCCACCUCCAAGGGCUCGGUGGUGUGACCAGCAGGAUUUCACGCAUCUUUAGCUAGUCAAAUUUAAAAGAAAUAAAAAAAGGGACACCAAUUGAUGGAGAUUUUGAUCACAGGUGAUCAGUAGCAACGCCAGCAUCUGGAACACCUUUCACUGUGUCCGCCUUGGCAUGGAUCUAGCUUCUCUAGGGAAGGAAGGACCCGGUCUCCAAUCAUGCAAAGUCCUAACGUGCGUCCAACCCUGUCUCGCCGCAUGUCCUCCCGUGUCCAACCCUGUCUCGCCGUCCACCAUCUUGCUCUUAGCUCUGCUCUCUGUGCAACGUUGUUCUUUUUCACCCUCGUCUUUAUUUCCCCCGGACGCUGGUAGCUGAUCAUGCCCAGAAGUCAUUAACACGCAGCCAUGGCUGCAAGAUGUUCAUGCAGGAUGGGGGAUUUAUUCCGUACCCCGAAAGCAGUGAAGUUGUCACGUUGUGUAAAAGGUCAAUAAAAAGAGAAUACAAUGAUUUGCAAAUCCUUAUAUUCAAUUGAAUAGACUGCAAUGACAAGAUAUUUAACGUUCCAACUGGUAAACCUUGUUAUUUUUUGCAAAAAUUAGCUCAUUUGGAAUUUCAUGUUUUCGAAAAAGCUGGCACAAGUGGCAAAAAAGACUGAGAACGUUGAGGAAUGCUCAUCAAACACUUAUUUGGAACAUCCCACGGGUGGACGGGCUAAUUGGGAACAGGUGGGUGCCAUGAUUGGGUAUAAAAGCAGCUUCCAUGAAAUGCUCAGUCGUUCACAAACAAGGACGGGGCGAGGGUCAACACUUUGUCGACAAAUGCCUGAGCAAAUUGUUUAAGAACAACAUUUCUCAACAAGGAAUUUAGAGAUUUCAUCAUCUACGCUCCGUAAUAUCAUCAAAAGGUUCAGAGAAUCUGGAGAAAUCACUGCACGUAAGCCAUGAUAUUACGGACCUUCCAUCCCUCAGGCGGUACUGCAUCAUAAAGCAACAUCAGUGUGUAAAGGAUAUCACCGCAUGGGCUCAGGAACACUUCAGAAAACCACUGUCAGUAACUACAGUUGGUCGCUACAUCUGUAAGUGCAAGUUAAAACUCUACUAUGCAAGGCGAAAACCGUUUAUCAACAACACCCAGAAACGCCGUCGGCUUCGCUGGGCCUGAGCUCAUCUAAGAUGGACUGAUACAAAGUGGAAAAGUGUUCUGUGGUCUGACGAGUCCACAUUUCAAUUUGUUUUUGGAAACUGUGGAAAAGGAAAAGAACCAUCCGGAUUGUUCUAGGGUCAAAGUGUAAAAGGCAGCAUGUGUGAUGGUAUGGGGGUGUAUUAGUGCCCAAGACAUGGGUAACUUACACAUCUGUGAAGGCACCAUUAAUGCUGAAAGGUACAUACAACAUAUGUUGCCAUCCAAGCAACGUUACCAUGGACGCCCCUGCUUAUUUCAGCAAGACAAUGCCAAGCCAUGUGUUACAUCAACGUGGCUUCAUAGUACUAGACUGGCCUGCCUGUAGUCCAGACCAUUGAAAAUAUGUGGCGCAUUAUGAAGCCUAAAAUAUGACAAGGGACUGUUGAACAACUUAAGCUGUACAUCAAGCAAGAAUGGGAAAGAAUUCCACCUGAGAAGCUUCAGAAAUGUGUCUCCUGUGUUGUUAAAAGGAAAGGCCAUGUAACACAGUGGUAAAAAUGCCCCUGUGACAACUUUUUUGCAAUGUGUUGCUGCCAUUACAUUCUAAGUUCAUGAUUAUUUGCAAAAAAAAGAAGAAAGUUCUCAGUGUGAACAUGAAAUAUCUUGUCUUUGCAGUCUAUUCAAUUGAAUAUAAGUUGAAAAGGAUUUGUUGUAUUCUCUUUUUAUUGAGCAUUUACACAACGUGACAACUUCACUGCUUUUGGCUUUUGUAAAACAGGCGUUGUCUUUCAUUUGACCAAAUGUGUGUCCAGUCCAGCAGAACACCAAACAAAAACAAAGAAAAAAGCUUUUGUAGCUCAGCCUCGAUGAUUAUUUCAGCACUUCAAUUCUGUAAAUACCACAUCCUGUCAUAUGGCUUUUAUUUUCUUACAUGCAGCUCGUAUUGUUUUAUACACGUGAAGAGAGUUCUAUCAAAUGAGCAAUAUUCUGAAAGAAGUCUAUUUGUGGUACAAAGAAAAGAAAAGAAGCAGCUUUGACUGAAAGAAGGAAGAAAAGUAUUUCUUUUCCUUCAAAUGUAUUUUUGUUUUUGUUUUUAAAGAAUAGAAGCCACCUGUAUGGAAAUGAGAUCUUUUACACUGUAAAAAUGUGGAUUGGCACUAAUUACUGGCUAAUAAUUGUGUAAGUUUCACAGUAAUUGACUGUGAUUUUAGGCUUAAAUACAAUCAAGUUACAACCAAAUACAAUUUACAUGUGAUAGUUCAUGACCAUAAAAUAACUUCACAAUAGUAUUUUAGAGUUAAUUACAGGGCUGUCAAUCUUUGGGCACCUAACGAUUGGAUCCCAUUACAGUUCCUGGGGUGACCAUUCCUUUUAGAGUGGAUUCUCGCCAUGUAGGGUAAAGUUCCAUGUUCUAUAAAACCAUGCCAUGGACCUCGGAUUUUCGCCCCCCUUUUUUUUCCACCAAAGUCAACCGUGUUGUUUUUCACCAAAUGAUGGACUAUCAACACUAUCCAGUGUCACGUCCGCCAAACAUCAUCAUCAUCAACCCUCACCCUUUGCAAAUGCCACAAAAAAGGUAUUUUAAAAAAUGUAUUAUUUUUUCUUCUUUUGUUUUUUACAUUUUUUAGAUGUUUUUUUUGUAUUAAUAAUUGAAAAUGAUGAAUCUUUAUCAACCUCUUUAGAAUCGGUAUGAAUAAGAAUGGCGAUUCAGGUGAGAAACGAUUUUUUUCCGUGCACUUCUAAUUAAACAUUUGUAAUUAUUUGAAGUGUAAUCCCUCCAAGCCACUAGGGGGCGGCGUCUCUCAUCAUCUGUACUUGUAAACAGAUAGAUGCUGAUUUUUCCACUUGGUUGUUUUUUUUUAGUUAUUUUUAUAAAACAAUAUAUGUUAAUGAGGAAUGGGUUUAGAAUCGGUUUGAAUACGAAUCGCGAUUCGGGUGUGAAAUAUUUUUUUUCCAUGCAUCCCUAAUUAUACAUUUGUAAUUAUUCUAAGUGUAAAGUCACAUUUAAUCCCUCCAAGCCACUAGGGGGCAAUGUCUCUCAUCAGCUGUCACUGUAAGCAGAAAGAUGCUGAUUUUUCCACUUUUUUUUUUUUAAGUUAUUUUUAUAAAGCAAUUUUUGAAAAUUGAUUUAUAAAAAUAAAUAAAUUAAAAAUUAAAAAAAAAGUGCACUCCUGAUUAUUUGUAAUUAGUUACAUUCACAUUUAAUCCCUCAAGCCACUAGGGGGCGGAAUCUCUCAUCAGCUGUACUUGUAAGCAGAAAGAUGCUGAUUUUUCCACUUUUUUAUUUUUUUAUUUUUAUAAAUCGAUUUCUGAAAAUCGAUGUAUAAAAAUAAACUUUAAAAAAAUAAUGGCACUCCUAAUUAUGCAUUUGUAAUUAUUUAAAUUCACAUGUAAUCCCUCCAAGCCACUAGGGGGCGGCAUCUCUCAUCAGCUGUACUUGGAAGCAGAAAGAUGCUGAUUUUUCCACUUUUUUUAUUUUUUAUUUUUAUAAAUCGAUUUCUGAAAAUCGAUUUAUAAAAAUAAACUUAAAAAAAAUAAUGGCACUCCUAAUUAUGCAUUUGUAAUUAUUUAAAUUCACAUUUAAUCCCUCCAAGCCACUAGGGGGCGGCAUCUCUCAUCAGCUGUACUUGUAAGCAGAAAGAUGCUGAUUUUUCCACUUUUUUUAAAUUUAUUUUUGUAUUUUUAUAAAUCGAUUUCUAAAAAUCGAUUUACAAAAAUAACUUAAAAAAAUAAAAAAAAGAAGUGCACUUCUAAUUAUACAUUUGUAAUUAUUUAAAUUCACAUUUAAUCCCUCCAAGCCACUAGGGGGCGGUGUCUCUCAUCAUCUGUACUUGUAAGCAGAAAGAUGCUGAUUUUUCCACUUUUUUUUUUUUAAGUUAUUUUUAUAAAUGAUUUCUGAAAAACGAUUUAUAAAAAUAACUUAAAAAAAAAAAAAGU